CCCUGUUAUCAAAAGGACACUUUAACCCAACCCAAAAUCUCUCUCAACUCUCAAGUCUGAGCACUGCCACCCCCAUUCGCCGUUUCCGCCUCUACGCCUGUCCUCUGGUACAGCCGCACGCUUUACGCCGAUCGUCCCUCUGCUCUUGACGCUGUCCACGUCGUUGCUGCGUCCGCUGGUCCAGUCCUACCGUCCGGUGCUGCUCCUCGCCGCUUCCUCGGCCACUGCAGAUUCAUUAGUCUCAAGUUUCCAAAUGGAUGAAGCACAAGAAUUUUUAGGAAAUAAUAGACUUGACGACGUGCAUUGGCUAUGUACCUUGUCCGAGUCUGAGCUUGACAUGCUGAUUAGUUUGAAAAUGCUGGUCAUUCAACGUGCUAAAGUACUGGGUUACGAAGAUUUAGCCAUGAAAUUUGAUCUGAAGGUGCUUAGAACUCUUGCCUUUGUUUUGAUGGAAUAUCUGAAAGGAAAUGUUAAAAAUUUCUCUCACAUUCCGGGAAUGGUCAAAACUCCUAAUUUGCUUGAUGGUUGCAAUUUAUCACAAUUUAAGCUUGGGGCCAUCUUGAGCAUUGAGGAGCUAAAGGCAUGCAUUGGUGUUGAUGAGACCAAAAGACGAGCUAAAAGACCACGUGAAGAGGAUACCAUCACACAUGAGAAAUAAUUAGAACAAAAGUAUAAUUAAUGUGUCAUGGCGAGGCAAGUUGACUGCUUGUACAAAAUUUUAGAAUGAUCAUAUCUCUUCCCUACUGCAUUCAUCUACCCAAAUACUGAGGAUCCAUUUAUAGGCUUCCCCAAUUCUAGAUAAAUCAUAGAGUUUUGACUGUGCUAACUUAUGGUUUCCCUUUGGUGGGAAGAUGAUGAUCAGGGGCCCGAAGUGCAUUUCUGUUCGUAUCAGAGAAAACAGAGGCAGAAGCUCUCACCAUGCAAUAAAAGAUAUUGGUUUUGCACCAUUGAAUAUGCUAUGAAUGUUAUUAACGUAUCGGCUCUGUUAAAAGAGCAGGCAGUCAUGGAGGGGUUCUUAUUUGUAUUUUCAUUAAUUCUUUUUCUGUUUUUAUUUGUAAAAUUGUUUCAAAACCAAUUAUAUAUUAUUAAGGUAAAACCCAUUAUGCU